UUUCAGAAAAGACUUUCAAGAAAUUUUUGAAGAUUUCUCUUGAUGAAAACUAUAACCUGCAUCCUUUUGAGUUCAACCAUUCCCACUUCUGCACCAUGGGAUUUGUUACCUGGUGGGAGAAAUAUUAUUCGGGCCGUUCGGUUGGAGACACAACUAUCAUGAUCUCCAGACUUGAGAGUGGUUUUACACAACCAACGGUCGAGAAUAUCCGCUCAAACCUUCAAGCUCGAGGCAAAACAAUCAUGACAAAGAAAAUUGCUGAAACGUCUCGAGCUGAUGUGAGACCCAAGAAACCCACUGGGGUGAAGAUCCAAGAAUGGAAACAAGAAGAGAAGGUAACUCUUCUGAACUUAUCUUUUACUCUUAACGUCUUUGCCUCAUAUUUCUUUAUUUUUUCAGAGUCAUAAGAAAGAUGAUAGCAC